AUGGGAUUUGUCAAAUCAUUUUAUUUUCAUAUUGAUCCUAGUGCAUUUAGUCCUUAUUAAAAGAAAAGAUGUAUGAUUUAAAUUUUAUAUUUCUUGAUGAAAUAGAAGAAAGUGAAGAAUAUUGAAUUUCAUUAUAUUGAUUUAUAUCAUGAAGUAACAUUAUAAUAUUUAGCUAAUUGUUUUUAAUUGAUUAAAGUAGAAUCAAUCAAUCUUUUAUAUUUUAAUGAUAAUAACUUAGCAUAAAUAAAUCGUAUUUUUCAGGGUAUAAACAAUUUGAAAAUUGAAAAAUAAACUUCCUCAAAUCUUAAUACUAAAUGGGAAGCUGACAAAAUUGAUCCGAAUGCAUCAGAUGAGAAAAUAAAUGAGAUCUAAUUUAUUGAAAAUCCUAAAAUAAAUACUGGAUGGUAAGCAGUACAAAAGAAUUAAUUUAUUAAAGACGAUUACAUUUAACUUUCUGCAGAGUAUUAAGCACUGAUUCCAAACGAUCUAAGAAGAUCAUUAAACCUCAAUAGAGGAAUUAGUGGUCUGAUUGUUAAUUAAUUAUCAAGAAUUGAGGAUAAUUAACAAAAUUUAUUAGUAUAAAUAGAAACAAAUGAAUAAAUAAUUAUUGAUGCAAAAAAUUAAAUUGACAGUAUAACGAAAAGAGAUCUAUACGCAUAAUCANGA